UGAGAGCCCAGGAAGCCCACAGGCUGCGGCCAUUUCCUGGCUGUGUUGGUGCGAAAGGGAGGCAGGGAGGGGGGAGGCAGGCACACGCGUCCAUAUGCCCACACAAAUACAUUCAGGCAGCAGCAGCAGCAGCAAGAGAAGGAAGCGGGGAGAGGAGGCGGAGGCGGAGGAGGCGAGGGCUUUGGCGGCGGCUGCGGAGGAGGAGGAGGAGGAGGAGGAGGAGACUGCAGCGGCGGCGCUGGAGCAUCUCUGCCUCUUCCCGGCCGCAUCCCGGCGCUCCUGAAGCCCAUCCGCAGAGGGCCGGCCUCAGCCUCCCAGUUGUGAGUCUGAAAACUCAGAGCCAUGACGACUCACGUGACACUGGAGGACGCUCUAUCCAAUGUGGAUCUGCUGGAAGAACUGCCCCUGCCCGAUCAGCAGCCAUGCAUCGAGCCACCUCCAUCAUCUAUCAUGUACCAGGCCAACUUUGACACCAAUUUUGAAGACAGAAAUGCUUUUGUAACUGGCAUUGCCAGGUAUAUCGAACAAGCUACGGUUCACUCAAGCAUGAAUGAAAUGCUGGAAGAAGGACAUGAAUAUGCAGUUAUGCUUUACACAUGGAGGAGCUGUUCCAGGGCUAUUCCCCAGGUAAAGUGCAAUGAACAACCAAAUCGGGUUGAGAUUUAUGAGAAGACAGUGGAAGUACUGGAACCAGAGGUCACAAAGCUUAUGAAGUUUAUGUACUUUCAAAGAAAGGCCAUUGAACGAUUCUGUAGUGAGGUGAAGCGUUUGUGCCAUGCAGAGAGAAGGAAAGACUUUGUUUCAGAAGCGUAUCUUCUGACGCUGGGAAAGUUUAUCAAUAUGUUUGCUGUUUUGGAUGAGCUGAAGAACAUGAAGUGCAGUGUCAAAAAUGACCAUUCUGCCUAUAAAAGAGCAGCCCAGUUUUUGAGGAAAAUGGCUGAUCCUCAGUCUAUUCAAGAAUCACAGAACCUCUCCAUGUUCCUGGCAAACCAUAACAGGAUCACACAGUGCCUGCACCAGCAGCUGGAAGUCAUCCCUGGUUAUGAGGAACUGUUGGCUGAUAUUGUCAACAUCUGUGUGGAUUACUAUGAAAACAAGAUGUAUCUAACACCUAGUGAGAAGCACAUGCUCUUAAAGGUGAUGGGUUUUGGUCUCUAUCUGAUGGAUGGAAACGUCAGUAAUAUUUACAAACUCGAUGCAAAGAAGAGAAUCAACCUCAGUAAAAUUGAUAAAUUCUUCAAGCAGCUGCAGGUGGUUCCUUUAUUCGGCGAUAUGCAGAUAGAGCUGGCCAGAUACAUUAAGACCAGUGCUCACUAUGAGGAGAACAAAUCCAAGUGGACAUGCACUCAGAGCAGCAUCAGUCCCCAGUACAACAUUUGUGAACAGAUGGUACAGAUCCGAGAUGAUCACAUCCGUUUUAUCUCUGAACUUGCUCGCUACAGUAACAGUGAGGUUGUGACUGGCUCAGGCUUGGACAGCCAGAAAUCAGAUGAAGAAUACAGAGAGCUUUUUGACCUGGCUUUACGAGGACUUCAGCUUUUGUCUAAGUGGAGUGCCCAUGUUAUGGAAGUGUAUUCCUGGAAACUGGUCCAUCCUACCGAUAAGUUUUGUAACAAAGAUUGCCCAGGCACUGCUGAAGAAUAUGAGAGAGCUACGCGGUAUAAUUAUACCAGUGAAGAAAAAUUUGCCUUUGUUGAGGUGAUUGCUAUGAUAAAAGGUCUCCAAGUACUUAUGGGUCGCAUGGAAAGUGUCUUCAAUCAGGCCAUCAGGAACACAAUCUAUGCUGCUCUGCAGGAUUUUGCUCAGGUGACACUUAGAGAGCCACUGAGGCAAGCUGUGAGGAAGAAGAAGAAUGUUCUCAUCAGUGUCCUUCAGGCAAUUAGAAAGACCAUCUGCGACUGGGAGGGAGGGCGCGAGCCUCCAAAUGACCCUUGCUUGAGGGGAGAAAAGGACCCCAAAGGUGGUUUUGAUAUCAAGGUUCCACGGCGAGCUGUAGGGCCUUCUAGCACACAGCUUUACAUGGUGAGAACUAUGCUGGAAUCCCUCAUUGCAGAUAAGAGUGGCUCAAAGAAGACACUCAGGAGCAGUCUUGAUGGACCGAUAGUGCUGGCGAUUGAAGAGUUCCACAAACAGUCCUUUUUCUUUACACAUCUUCUCAAUAUAAGUGAGGCCCUCCAACAGUGCUGCGAUCUGUCACAGCUUUGGUUCCGAGAAUUUUUUCUGGAAUUGACCAUGGGUCGUCGAAUUCAGUUUCCUAUUGAGAUGUCUAUGCCUUGGAUUCUAACAGACCACAUCCUGGAAACCAAAGAACCUUCCAUGAUGGAGUAUGUGCUCUAUCCAUUGGAUCUCUACAAUGAUAGCGCAUAUUAUGCUCUGACCAAAUUUAAAAAGCAGUUUCUCUAUGAUGAAAUUGAAGCAGAAGUUAACCUGUGUUUUGAUCAGUUUGUGUAUAAACUGGCAGACCAAAUAUUUGCUUACUAUAAAGCUAUGGCUGGCAGUGUCUUAUUGGAUAAACGAUUCCGGGCUGAAUGUAAAAAUUACGGAGUAAUUAUCCCUUACCCACCUUCCAACCGAUAUGAAACAUUACUCAAACAGAGGCAUGUCCAGCUACUAGGAAGGUCAAUUGACCUAAACAGGCUUAUCACCCAGCGGAUCUCAGCUGCGAUGUACAAAUCAUUAGACCAGGCAAUUAGUCGCUUUGAGAGUGAAGAUCUGACCUCCAUCGUGGAGCUGGAGUGGCUUUUGGAGAUAAAUCGCCUGACACAUAGACUACUGUGCAAACACAUGACCUUGGAUAGUUUUGAUGCCAUGUUUCGAGAGGCCAAUCAUAAUGUCUCAGCUCCUUAUGGACGCAUCACACUGCAUGUCUUCUGGGAGCUGAAUUUUGACUUCUUACCUAAUUACUGCUACAAUGGGUCUACUAACAGAUUUGUGCGGACAGCCAUUCCAUUCACCCAAGAACCCCAGAGAGAUAAACCAGCCAAUGUUCAGCCGUAUUAUCUUUAUGGAUCCAAGCCACUCAACAUUGCCUACAGCCACAUCUAUAGUUCGUAUCGGAACUUUGUGGGGCCUCCUCACUUCAAGACAAUCUGCCGCCUCCUUGGAUACCAGGGUAUUGCUGUGGUUAUGGAGGAGUUGCUCAAAAUUGUCAAGAGCCUGUUGCAAGGGACCAUCCUUCAGUAUGUGAAAACCUUGAUAGAGGUGAUGCCCAAAAUCUGCCGCCUGCCAAGGCACGAGUAUGGAUCUCCAGGAAUCCUGGAGUUUUUCCAUCACCAACUGAAGGACAUAAUUGAGUAUGCAGAACUAAAGACAGAUGUGUUCCAGAGCUUGAGGGAAGUGGGUAAUGCCAUUCUUUUUUGCCUUCUCAUAGAGCAGGCCCUGUCCCAAGAAGAAGUGUGUGAUUUGCUGCAUGCUGCUCCUUUCCAAAAUAUUUUGCCCAGGGUCUACAUCAAAGAAGGAGAACGCUUGGAGGUACGCAUGAAGCGUCUCGAAGCCAAAUAUGCCCCACUUCACCUGGUUCCCUUAAUAGAGAGGCUGGGAACACCUCAGCAAAUAGCCAUAGCCCGGGAAGGAGACUUACUGACCAAGGAAAGGUUAUGCUGUGGCCUGUCCAUGUUUGAGGUUAUCCUGACCCGCAUUCGGAGCUACCUUCAGGACCCCAUCUGGCGUGGACCUCCCCCAACCAAUGGUGUCAUGCAUGUUGAUGAAUGUGUGGAGUUUCACCGACUCUGGAGUGCCAUGCAGUUUGUGUACUGCAUUCCUGUGGGAACAAAUGAAUUUACUGCUGAACAAUGUUUUGGAGAUGGUUUGAAUUGGGCCGGUUGUUCAGUCAUAGUUCUUCUGGGGCAGCAACGUCGCUUUGAUCUUUUUGACUUUUGUUACCACCUGUUGAAAGUGCAGAGACAGGAUGGGAAGGAUGAAAUCAUAAAGAAUGUGCCACUUAAGAAAAUGGCUGACAGGAUAAGGAAGUACCAGAUUUUGAACAAUGAAAUUUUUGCCAUUUUGAACAAGUACAUGAAGUCAGUGGAAACAGACAGCUCUACAGUUGAGCAUGUGCGUUGCUUCCAACCCCCCAUCCACCAGUCCUUGGCUACUACCUGUUAAGUGGUUGAUAUUGGAAAUGCAGUGUAUUCAUGUGUCUCCAUGUAAAAUCACUGAAAAAGAAAACACCAGGACCCAGUGAAGACCUGGAAGGGAAAACCUGAAAACACAGAUCUGACAACAGUGCAGAUGAGGAUGGACCCAGUAGACAAAGAUGCAUUUUCAAAAAAGACCUAAUUUAAAUGCAUGCCCUUCUGUAUCCAGAGUGAUGAGGAGCAAAAUGUAUUUUUUCUCCUAUGGUUUCUUCAGAUUUCAUGAUGACCUGGAACCACACAGUCAAGCACAAACUGUAUGCUUUUUAAAUUUUGUUGCUGUUAUGAGGAUUCCAAUUGAAGUGGCCAGUGUUUCAAAAUGUUGCAAGUCUUCCUCUGAAUGCAUGAUGUGAGUGUUUAACACUUGGACAUAAUGAGCUUUUCCCCUUCCAGGUGAUGCAGAAAUGGUUUAUUGACUCAAGCAAAGGUCCCAUUAUAUUGAGUCAUUAUAUAGACUCAGUGAGGGUUUGGCAUUACCAUUUUUUCUCCUGUUCGCUAAGACAAAUUCACAACAUCUCUGAUUUUCUGCUCACUGACAUUUCUGUGGUGCACCUACAAAGUCAAAGAUGAUAAUCCCUCCAUUUUACACCAGUCCUUGUUAACCAUGGAUUAUCUGAACCUGGCUUAAUGCAGUCUUCUCUGGUAUUAAGAUAAUAGAGAUCCUGGAGAAGAAACAGGGCUUGCCAUGGCCUAGACCCCCUGGUGAAAUAUCGGUGUCCAAAUGCAAGUAAAAAACAGUACAUUCUUUUCAAAAAUCUGAACAUUAGUACAUGUACAGUUGGCAUGCUUUAUUCACAGAUUUAACCAUCCAUAAUUUGAAAAUAUUCCAAAAAGCAAACCUUGAUUUUGCCAUUUUACAUAAGGGAUACAAUUUUACAAUACAAUGACACCUGAGCAUCCAGGGAUUUUGGUUUCCACAGAGAACCUGGAACCAAAUCCCAGUAGAUACCAAGUCCCACUGUAGCUCACGAUUUCCAAACCCCUCCCCCCUUUGGAAUAAAUGCAAUAAAAUAAUUAGAAUAAGCUGAACAUGUUUAUAUUCUGGGAAAAUUGCUAAUUAGUUCAAGAUUGCAUAUCUAAGCAAGCAGUAACAAUAUUAAGAAUAGUACCAACAUCACACUUUGGUCUGUGACUAUGUAUAUACCUUCCAUAGACAAUACUAUGAACAAGCUCUCUAUCUCAACCUUGUAGAAAAGGAUGAGUGGUAAAAAUAAGAAUGCCUAUAUGAAUAAUUCAUAAAAAUCAUGGGAGCUUAGAGCUCUCCCAGUAUUGCUCUUGAUACCAAAUUACAUCUGCUGCCAAUGUGCCCCAGAAUAUUAGACUGUAUAGUUUGGUAAGAAUAUACUACCUACCCACAGGAGAUGUAAAUAAAUAACAUAACCUUCAUGAGAACAAAAUGCAAGCUUGGCGAGACAAGAUCAUAUAUUUCAAACAAAUAAGUCAUGCAAUAAUGCCACAGAAAAAUGGCACUAAUGAACUAGUCACUACCAAGUGUGGUGAGAAUACUGGAUUUUGAUGUGAUAAUAAACUGGACUUUAGAUUUUAGAACAAGUUCAGUGACCUAAACAUAACACUAUUAUGUCAUAAAGGGACAAGAAAUAAACCUUAAGGGAAUAAUUUCUUUCUGUACCUGUUAGGGCAUCAUAAGUCACCUAAGUUAAGUUCAGUCUUGCAUGUUGACCUUUACUCAUGCUCCUGUUUAAGGAGGAGAAUUUUAGAAAUGCUAUUCUCUAAAGUUUAGAUGAUUCCAGAUUAAUAUUCUGCGAGAAAAGGACAGGAUUUUAUUUCACAUGUCAUCCUCCUUGCACCAGAAAGUACUACAGGUACAUGAACGUAGGCCAGUUAAUUUUGUGGAAGCUUUUUCAGGAGAACUUAUUGGGAAACUGCAUCAGAAUAUUGCAAUAGAGUUCUGUUUUUAUCCUAUUAAAAACAAAAGAUGGUCACUUUCAGUAUCAGGACAGAUCUCAAAUUAUCCAGCUGACUGAAUAUUUGUUUUUCCUUAACCAUACCUCAACUAAGCCAGUCUCCUUGCACCUGAUUUCAGAUGCUUCAGUCUGGGAUUUUUCUUCUAACUAUAUAACUUUAAUUGCUUUAAUUGCUGAUAUUUGACAGAUUAGUGACAGGUGUUAUGAAUUUAAGAGACCACAGACAGGUUUUUCCUCCUGUUGGAAGAGAAAGCAUAUGAGGUAUAAACAUGUUAAUUCUCUAUCUCUGUUCCAAGAGAGAACAUUCUGUUUGAAGGAGUUGCAGUUACAAAAAAUUGUGAGCAUGGGCUAUAUUCCUUUUUCAAAUACCUUUGUGCCUUUAAAGAUUUGUAAUGUGUUUGUACAGUGACACAUUAAAAUAUGACCCCACAGAGCCUGGGGAGCAUAUUUACCAGUUAUGUGUACUGAAGAAGUUAGUCAAACUAAACUGCAAGAUAUUUUUUAACAUACUAUGAUAGGCAUGGCUCAGAGAAGUCACAUAAAAAUUGACUCCGGCAAAAGCAAUGAGGAAAAUAGCUGAAGAGUGUAAAGGGAGAGAAUGUCCUCUUUCUCAUUCUAGCUUUCCAUGAAGGAGUUUAGGGGCUUCAGGAUUUUUGUGGGGAGCAAGUGCAGCCUUAUCUGUGACUUGACCUAAUUAUCAUCAUACACCCUAGCAGCCCAUGACUUCAGAAGAAAACUACACCAAACACGAGUAUAUAAAAAUUCCUGAAUUAAGUUUAUGAAUUUAUUCAGAACUUGGAACAUUGGGUUUGGGAAUUAAUUUGAUAGUGUUAAACAUGAGAAAUUCAUUUAUUAUUGCUAACACUAAUAAUUGAAAUAAUUUGCCUGGUUGUGUUAUUGUUAGCUAACGUUUGUUUAGGAUGUUAGUUCAAGGUCUCUCCAUUGGAUUUAGAGACGACAACAUGGAGGUUACCAGUGUCAACUCAAAAGGGCGUAUGUUGUUGCUGACUUUUUCAAAAGAACUGGCAUUUUUUUCUUUUUAAAUUUGCCUUCCUCCACCCUCAUUUUUUCCAGAUAGACUGCAAAACGCAUAAUAUGAUUGUUGACAAGUAAUGUUGGAGCUCAGCCAUGUCUGGUAACUGUCAAGUUGGAAAUUUUGUCAUCUGCACCUCUCAAUAUCAUAUACUUCGCCCACAUUUCACAUGCCUUGUUUGUUUAAAGGUUAAUGAGAAGUGAUGCGUUUCAGUGAAAAGACACUGAUCCACUGCAAGUGCAGCAAUAAGUGGAUAACAACAAGGAUCAGGCCUCUCUACAUUUUUCUUACAACUGAAUCGCUAUAUCAUUUCUACUUACUCGCUCUCAACCAAGAAAUCUAAUCUACCAAGAUCGGGGUAGACCUGCAACAGAUUCCAUUUAAAUGAUCAAGUAUUUGACAAGCCCACCCUUUUCUGUGCCUUGUUUUUUGUGUGACCCUAAGGCAAGUUCUGUUUUUGAAGAUUGCCAUAAUGUAUCUUGCCCCUCCAAAAAACUCCAAACACAUUUCUCCAACCAAAGGCCACUGAGAGAGGGAGAGAGACCUGCCUUUCAAAUUUAAAAUGCCUGAUAUUUUGAAAAAGCCCUGACUGCUUGAGAGCCUUGGUCUCCAAACAAAAAAUUCCCACCCAUCACAUUCCAAAAACCACACCCCCUUCUAUCAUUUGAUUGAUGCUUCCUUUGCUCUACAUGGGUUCCAGAAAGUAAAUUACUUAUUUUGUUCCUUCUUUUCUCCUGACUUUUCCUCCUUGUAGCCUUCCAAAUUAGUCUAAUGAUAGAAUCGUGUGAUGCAUUUCCUCCCAUCCUAAUUUUUUUUUCUCCUGAGGCAAUAGUUUUCCUAGUUUACUGAAUCUGACUGUGAAAGAGGUACCCAAUGAAAUUGAACAAAUUUGGUCAGCAUGAUUAACUAAAUCAUAUUUUUAUCCUCAACAUUAAUUGGGAAAUCUAGAGAGUUUGAGAAAAUCAUCAGAAGAACCCAAUGAAGAGAAUGAUUUAAUUCUAAACUCUGGCUUCAUUAUAUGUGGGCUUGUGGGGCAGGUGACCUGUGGAAUUGUAAUGAGUUGAUAGGUCCACUAUUUUUAUUCUUUUUAAUAAAGCUUACCAAAAAAUCCACAUUUUUUAACGUUGGUGGCAAUUGUUUACCAGUGUAAAAUAUCUACAGCUCUAAACUUAUAAUUUGGUUAGGAAAAUGACUAAAAUCCAGGGGGAAAAUGUCAUCCUGUGGCUUAUGCCAUGCAUUAAGUAUAUUUUAUUUCACAAGCCUGUUUUCAAUACAGCAAUUGGAUAGGUGACUGUAAUGUUGUUAAUAGCUUUCAAUCCUAUUAUAUUGCUUUACUGAGGUGUACAUACAGAAAUACUGUGACUACAAAGAGGUUCUUGGUUAUGUCCUGGUGAGAUUUUGAUAUUUUGGGAGGAAAGCAGUGUUCUAUAUACAUACAGAACUGAGAGCCAAGAUAGAAGUAGCCACAGGGUAAUAAUACUAGUCAGAUAAAUGUGGGGACAAUGCUGAGUAUGUUUAAUGCAUUUUACAGAGCUUUUACCAAUAACUUGUCAAUUGUUGGUCCUCUACGAAGAAACUUUUCCUGAGAUACUCUGUUCUGUGAAUUCCUUACUGUCAUAAUAGUCUUCCUGGAAUGUUCUUCAUUUGAUCAUUCUGGGUACUUCCUCCUCUCAGCUACAUAAGUAAGUUGUCUAAGGGACAGAACUAGGAUUUCCACCUUACAGAAAAGUAUAAUAUCCCAGUCUAAAUACAACAAUUAAAAGAUGCCUCCAAGGUCACAGUGGCCACCCAACAGAAGAGAGGUUGCUGAUGCAGCUCAGCCUUGCAAGACAAGAAUUCUAUUGUGUUUCUACAUUUGGCAUUACAUCCAUUCCUGUGUAGACCCUGGGAUUCAUACAGAAAUAUGGGGGUAGGGCUCCUAUAAGGAUGUGAAAUUCUUACCCAUGCACAUAAAAAUGUCAGUGAUAUAACUCUGAAAUGCACCUCUCAUUUUAAUUUGGGAUGAAAUGCUAUUCCUUUCAGGCAGUUGGGAAACACUGAUCUGUGACCCACAUCUUUUUCCUUUUAGUUGGGAAUGGACUUUAUUUUUUGAAUAAGUCAACAGGAAGGGAUUAAGCAAUGCCUGCCCUUCUGCUUUUCUGUUCUUAGCUGUUAAAUAAACAAAUAUGAACAGAAAGAUGAAACAAACUGCAUUUAACAUAUAGAUUGGCUUUUAAGUGUGACUAGUGAAAAUUUCCUUCAUGAUAUAUUUAGAAAGAUAUGUCCUGGCAAAGUCAUACAGAGUUAAAACAGGCAUGAGAUAAACUUGUUCAAACUUUUAGCAGCAACUGUUAUGAACUGCCAUAGCUAUUUUAUAGCCGGUCUGCUUUCAGUUUGGUUUUCGUGACUUGACAUACCAACCAGACAAACUCUGCGCACUUCAACCAUGUUCCCUUUCUUAAUAGCAGUUCUCAAAUGUAUCAAUGGUCCUAUAAUUCGUCUGUGUUACUUUGGUUUUAACUGAUAUUUGUCUAUUUAAAAAUAUGAGCAAAGUGUUGGGUUUUUGAAAAAAGUUUGACGCAAAAUUGCGUUAUACUUCCAAAUGUACCAUAUUUGUAUGAAGAAUUGUCCCAAGAAUUUUUGUAUAAUGAAUUUACAUUUAUUUAUGGUGCAGUAUAUUUACAGUAGUGAUCAACUAUCGUGUUUGAAUUCAUGAAUCAUACUUGCUAUGCAGCAGAAAACGGUAUAUAUUGUUUUAUAUGUUUUGUUUUUUCAUUGUUAAUCAACAGACAUCUUCCAUUUCUAUUCAAAAUGCUUCUGUAAUGAUAAGACGCCCUGUGAGUGGUGACAAUGACCUGUAUUGCAAUUUUCAACAAUAUGUACAGCAAAGCUGGGAUGAAUCCUCUUAACAAAGGAGGAAAAAUAAAAAUUCAGUGGUGUAAACAAAA